AAUAAUAUAUAUAUAUAACAUACUUAUGAACAUGUGUGCACUUCUUAACUUAUGUAAUUUCUUUUUCAAGAUAUUCUUCCAGCAGAUCACAGCACACACCUUAUAGUCUUUAAAAGAAAGCAGCACAAAGUGCUUGAGAGAUAUUUCUGUUAUCUUAAAGCUAUAAAGGUUUGUGUGAGAGGACAAAUACUUAGAACACUGAUUUCUUUUAAGGCAAAUUGUGAAUUGAGUCAUGCCAGGGGAAGAUAAAUAGGAUAAAAUGCUUCCUUACUGCAAGUGUCUUGGAGGCUAGGCACCUGUAAGAGUGGGAGAAGCUUUCCAUUCUUCGUUUCUUAGAAUUUACUCUGCAGCUGUCCUCAGGCACCCACAUAAAUCAAUCCUGUUUACUGGAUGAGUUAUACACCAUAAACUACUUUAAUUUCAACACAGAUUCAUACCUACUAAAUUAUAUCCUGGGCAUAUGUCCUGGAAGGAUCUCUUAGCCUUGAAAUGGAAAUUCUGUGGGCUUGUGAGAGUCCUUUCUCGUAUUCUGCAGAGGAGUCAGUGAGCUGCCAGAGGGUGAUUAAUAUGCAUAAAGAAAAAGAGGUGAAUAUAAAUAUAUGGUGGUGUUUUGCUGCAACUUCCCAGCAUACUAAGUUCUCUGACAUCUCAGAGUACUUUCUGUUCACCUAAUUGCUAGUGGGCUGUAAUAUUGAAGCAAGCAGGCUAAGCAUGAGAAGAAUUCUUGAGAAGAAUCUUCAAGAACUCUUCUGUGUAGAAUUUUGGCUUCUUGGAGAAACAGUAGAAAAUGCAAAACGAAAUAAUAAAGCCUGCUAAAUACUUCUCAGAAGUGGAGAAGAGUGUGCUGCUUGCAUUAGUUGAAAAAUACAAAUACGUGCUUGAAUGUAAAAAAAGUGAUGCAAGAACUAUUGCUCUGAAACAACGUACCUGGCAAGCACUAGCUCAUGAAUAUAAUUCACAGCCCAGUGUAUCACUGCGAGACUUCAAACAGUUAAAGAAAUGCUGGGAAAAUAUCAAGGCACGGACAAAAAAGAUAAUGGCACAUGAAAGGCGGGAGAAGGUAAAAAGAAGUAUUAGUCCACUUAUAAAUACUCACAUCGUAGGGAAAGAGAAGAUUGCCAGCAUAAUGCCUGAGCAAAUGUACUUUUUGCAGAGCCCACCAGAAGAAGAUUCUGAAUAUCAGCCUGAUGCUUCUAGUCAAGAAUCAUUUGUUGUCUCAAACAGAGAACUUUGUGAUGAAGACAAAGAGCUGGUACAUUUUCCAGUAUGUGAAGGUACCUCCCAACCUGAGCCUUCGUGUUCUGAUGUCAGAAUAGCAGCAGAUAAGAACUACAGAAGUAAAGCAUCUCAGGAAAGUGCUCUGAAAAAAAUGCAUGAAGAAGAACAUCAUCAGCAAAUGUCAAUUUUGCAACUGCAGUUAAUCCAAAUGAAUGAAGUUCAUGUGGCAAAAAUACAGCAAAUAGAAAGAGAGUGUGAGAUGGCCGAAGAAGAACACAGGAUAAAAAUGGAAGUGCUAAAUAAAAAGAAAAUGUAUUGGGAGAGAAAACUGCAGACCAUCACAAAAGAAUGGCCUGUAUCAUCCUAUAACAGACCCUUUCCUAAUUCACCUUAGAACAUAAAGGGGCAGAGAGUCAGUCUGAUUCGCACGUUUAUGAGUAACGCGCACUGGAAAGAAGGUUUUUUAAUGUGAAUGUACAGUGACAGGGUAGGUGCCUGGCUGAUAGUGAACACACUAUGACUCUUAAUAUUUAGAGAAACAGUGGUAUAGUCUACCAAGGGGAAAACUGUUCAUUUGUAGGUAGUUCUGAUUUGUUUAACUCAGACAUGCACAGUGUUCUAAAAUGUGAACAUAUUUUCCCCUCUCAGAACGCCCUUGCAUCCUUGUGAAAUUUAAGGUACUCCAGGUGUUCUUACAUUGGGUAUUCUUAAGAUAACAGCUUUAAACAUCAGGCUGUAGUGUUUAUUUUGAUUUCUAUCUCUUCCUAUCUACCAUUUUCCAAAUUAAUACAAGGAUUGGAGUUGCUCUCUGCUAUUGAGGCAGAAGUUGAUUGACAGCUAUCAGUUGGAUCAUUAUGCUGGGGCUUAGGAAAAAAUAAACUUGUCUCUAGUUAAUAUAGUCCCAUAACUUAUUCUUCAUAGAAGAUGUGAAAAAUUAAGGAAGUAGCAAAAGGACCACUGUAAUAACUGAGCCCUUUCCAUCUGAAGAACAACAGUAUUUCCCAGCUGGCUGGCUGAUUGAGAGAAUGGUUGUGGACUGGCCCUCUGGUUUUUUGAACCUUGACCCUUACGAAGUUAAAAAGAAGGCGACUUCUUCCUCAAAAUCCAUUGUGCUUGUUCCUUCUUUCCCAGACCCAUCUUGUAUUGAAGUAGCAUACCGAAAUAAGAGGGUCAAAUGCUGCUGCCAGCACUGUGUUCUGUUCACCUGGAGUCAUUCUGAGGGGAAGAGCUUUUUAACAAUUCGUAAAGCAUUAAAAUGCAGUGAGCUAGCCAGCCCAUUGGCAAAGUCUCCCUCUAUCUUCCUAUGCAAUACUUGAUGGUGUAGCAGCUAGCUUGAGUAUCUCACUCUCUCCUUAGGAAGAAGAAAAGACUUUAAAUUCACCCUCUUUUCCUUCACAUAGGGUGGGAAGCAGUUCAAGGGAAUCAUUCCUGUCCUGAACCACUGUUCUAUUUUGUUCUGUCCUGUGCAUUAUGGUGGUGUGUUUCUUACGUUUGCUGUCAGUGCGGGGUGAUGGACAUGAUUUGUGUGAAGCAUUCACAUGAAGAUACCCACAGAGUUUGGGUGUCCGGAACAGUAGAUAGUAGGAAAGCACAAAUAAAGAUAAUCCUUACCCAGGCAAUCAUUUAUUCUAAUGGGGCAAGGGUUAAGAGAAUGUGAAAUGCAGAACCCCGCAAAGCUUCAUGAGAGCUUCUGAUGUGUGAAAACUUGUUUUACAGGAAGGUGUACAACCAUCAUUUGAAGCAGUGAGAAACAUUAACAAAACCAUAAAUUUUCAUUGAAAAAUCCGAGUAUCACGUUAUUUAAUAAAGUAUUUUCAGAUCAUGAUUCAUAAGGGCAAGUCCAUACUGUGAGCAAUGUAUUCAAAUUAAAGUAUGUUACAAAGUAUA